AUCCGGAACAUUGAACGGUAACUUCACAGAAACUCUUUAUUAGUUUGUUAUUGUACUCGCUUGUAAAUGGACCUGAAUCAUUCGUCGUGUUGGGAUUCAAUUCUGGAGAAGGUGAAACCACAUAUACCGUCCAUCGACUCCGAUUCUUCAUCAUCCGAGAAUGAAGAGAUUGUCACCAUAUAUCAAAGACCAGCUGGUCUUUCCCUGGAGGUCCCUGAACACCUCUUUUCAAUGGAUGAUGAUGAACUAGAGGAGCUGAUGAAAACAUGCUGGCAGGAAGAGAGUGUAAAGUUGGAUGAUGAUGAAAUUGUACAGGGGGCUGCUGCACUUCAGUGGGGUACACGCCGCUCUGAUGCUGAUGUUGAGGCAGAUGCUUGUGAGAGAGGUAUUGUGAAGGUGAAAGGAGCCGAGCUGGAUGUCGCCGUAAAACCAAAAGUGGACAACAUAAAAUCUGAUGAGGGUUUUCCUGUUCUCUCAUUUGCGAGGCUUGACAAGUGGGAUUUGGAUGAUGUCCUUCAACAUCUGGAAGAGGAUGGGCUGCAACGUGUGUCAGCUGAACCUUUGGAAACACAUGCAGGUUCAACACAAUUCUUGUUGACAGACGGUGACAGGGACAGGUCACAGGGGAAUAUAAUGGAGAGACUAGUUGCUUUCUGUAACAGCCAGUCAUCUAAGUCUAUGUCAGAGCCCGUGGAAAGCCCACACCACAUUAGACAGAAAAACGUGUGCAACAAAUCAUCGGAGAGGAUGGAAGCCGAGCUGCAGCUGACCCACCAGGAAAGCCCCACAGUGUAUAUUGACCUGCGCUGCACUGAUCCUUCAAUAAAACCACCAAGAACAUCCACAAAUCUCUCAUCAGAGUCUAAAUCUCCAGCCAGACACAACAAUCGCCAGACAACACCACCUUCAGAGGAAGCCAAUCUUAAAGUGCAUGAUGCAUCACAGACGGGGGACAGGGAAGUGACUGGCAAGAGUAUGUUGCUUCAGAAAAUCAGGGAAAUGAAUCGAAAUGGGAAAAAAUAUCCCGAUAAAUAUACAGAUCCUCAAUAUUCAGUAUCGGAGAAUGAAGCAGAAGAACUGGAAGAGAAGCCACACCACCUGUCGGGAGUCCUGGCGUGGUUGGAGCCAGAGCUCACGGGAGGAGAAAACAUCUGA